AUGAAAAACAAUCAAUAUAAAAUUAGAGUAACUUUAGAUAGUACUCCUUUAACUUAUUAAACUACUGAAACCUUUUCUUUAUGGGAUAACUUAUAGAAAUCCAAAGAAUCUCCAAGAAAAUCUAAAAUUAAAAUAGCAAGAGAUCCACUUGAAAAUGAGUGUCCUCUUUAAUAACCGAACCCAUUUUUAUUUAAUGAAUAAUUAAAGCAUAGUUUUAGGGACUAUUUAGAAGGUCAUAAAACAGCAUUAAAUUUAGUAAAUGAAUGUAAUCAUAUCAUAAGUUAAUCUUGUAAAAUAAAUUAGCUUAAAUUAUUUUCAAAAAUACAUAAAUUUACUAGUAGUUUAAAAUAAAGAUCUUCUGUUAGAUUAUCUAUGAUUAAAAAUAAUACUUAAGCUGAUGAUCUUAUUUAAAGAAAAAUUAAAAUUUAAGAAAGGUUUAAUAAGAUUUAAUCUUUAAUUUAACAAAGAAUGUAAGCAAAAAAUAAAAAAGAUUCACUUCAAGAUUUUCAAUUAUUUAAACAUUUAUUUGAAACUUGUGAAAAAAAUGUUAAUAUAAUUAAAUCUAAAAAUUUACUUUCAGAAAAAGGUGAUGGUGUAAGAGAAUUUGAUAAAAUUAAAUAUUCUAAAAAUCCAUAAGGAUCAUUGAGAGUUCGUUUAAAUACUGAAGACAAUAAACUUUUAUCAAAUAGUUUAAGAAGUAAGACUUUACCGGAUUAAUAAACAAUUCAUUUAACAAAAAAGAAGGAAAGAGAGAAAAUGAAUACAAAAUUAAAUGAAUUUUUAGAAUCAGAUAGAAAUUAAGAAAAAAAUCUACUUCUUAAAGCUAAAAGAAAUUUAAUAAGAGAAAUAAAAAAUGGUAAUAAAAAAUUUCAUUAUUUUGAACCUAAUAAAUUUAAUACUACAGAUCCUUUAAGCAAAGAUGUAAAAUUUUAUGCUUAUAUGUUCAUGAAACCUAAAAAUGAAAAUAUCUUAUAAAAGAAGGAUCCAAUUAAUAAACUAUGUAAAACUGCUAGAGCUUAAAAAGAUAAUGAGAAACAUUAUUUAGCUAAUUUUAAUAAAAUGUUAUCAAAUUCUAGACAUGAAAGUUUGGAAUAGGAUUCUUCAUUUAAUUCUAUGCUUGAAACCAAUAUCGAUAAUCUAUAUAAAAGAAGCACUGAUUUGUAAAAUAUGAUUCUGAAUACAAAAUCUGAAAAAUUUGUUAAAAGAAUUAGACAAUUUUAAAAAGUGCAAUCCUUAACCUCUUAAAUAAUUAAAGUGAAUGAAUAAAAGUUAUCUAAUACUAAAUUAUUAUGA